AUGACGGAAAUCACUAAGCCCCGUGUCCUCAUCAUCGGCGCUGGAUCCAUGGGCAUUGUAACGGGUUAUUACCUUCACCUCGCCGGAGCCGAAGUGACAUUCCUCAUCCGCCCUCACCGCAAGGAGGCAUUGAACCGUCCGCAGAUCCUCUACAGCUACGACGACAACACGCUAAAGACGUACAAGGAGUACACCUACCUCACGAAUCCGACCUCCAUCAUCGGCGGAAACUACCACUACAUCAUCAUAACCCUCGACGGCGUCGCCCUCCGCGGCGAGACGGGAGUUCAGCUCGUAAAAACCAUCGGAGAAGCCGGCCUUCGAAACCCCAACACCAAGAUCCUCCUCGGCACCAUAUUCUUCGACAUCCGAACCUGGUUCCUGCAAGUCUCGGGCCUCGCUCCUGAGCAGGUGACGACCUGCCACCUCGACAUCCACGUCUACGCGACGAAAGACGUGGCGCUGCCCCUGCACCCGCCGACGGACGCCGAGCUGCUAGCCCAGAGCGACUUCGCGUACUCGGACAAAUGGCCGCAGGGCUUCACCGUCGACGUCGAAGAUGACGCCUCGCCCGCGAUCGCGAUCGCGUUCGCCGCGCUCUGGAACGCGUGCGGGAUCUCGCGCUGCGCCGUCAAGCCCGCCGCCGAGUGCGCCGCUUUCAUCGACUCGCUGUUCCCGAUCUUCGCGGCGAGCGAGCUGAUGAACUGGCCCCGGUUCCGCGACAUCGGCUCCGCGGACCAUCGCGAGCUGUGGAGCCUCGUCGUGGCGGCCGUGAAGGAGGUCCGCGGGCUUGGCGCGCAUGGGGAGAUAGGCCGGCAGAUGGCGCGCGAGACUACUGAGGAGGGGCUGGCGAAGACGUUGCGGGAGUGGGAGGAUUUGUUCUUCCCGCUCGACGUGCAGCAGUUCAAUCGCUUCCAUCACGGCGCGAAGCUUAAGGCGCAGGGGCGUGAGCACCUGAGGGCUUGUUUGGAGGUUGGCGUGGCGGAGGGGAAGCCGAUGGCUGCGCUGGGGGAGUUGAUGCGCCGCGUUGAAGCUAACAUAGCAUGA